CUUGCGUGACGUAUAAUCUAGUGGACGGGACGGGACACUUCUUCAACAACGACAACAGGCUACUGAUUAAACCACCUCGGUUGUUUGCUAGUAAACAUAAAACCGGUAAUAUUUAGACAAUUUGUGUAUAUAUUAACCUCCGUGUUUUAAAUACACUGUCUGCGAAUUUACUAGUCACUAUUUACUUUAAUAUUUACGUUGUCAGCUAGCUAGCUGUUUUAGUUAGCUUUGCACUAGGCUAGCCUAACGUUCCGGACCAUGAGUUCACUAUCCUACUCCCCACCUGCUAAAGAAGAGAAGGUCUGCUGGACGGAGAAAGAAGCUCCCGUGAAAGAGAAGGAAGAGGAGGCUGUCACAGUUAAAAAGGAAGUAGAGGGUGAGGCUGUUACAGUGAAAGAGGAAGACGUUUCAGUGAAAGAGGAGGUGGAUGUUACUGUGGAAGAAGAGGAAGACGUGUUCAGAGUGAAAGAGGAGGAUGUUACUGUGAAAGAAGAGGCUGCAAUUGCAAAAGUGAAAGAGGAGGUGGAUGAAAUUACUGUCACAGUGAAAGAGGAGGAAGAAGAGAAGAAUGGAGAUCUGAUUAACACCCGUGAGAAUGGAGAUCUGAUUAACACCAGAGAGAGACAAGACUCUCACUCUGACAGCGAAAAGUGUCUUUCAGAAGAACCAGAGACAUCCAAACCAGCAAGACGACGCCACUCUUCCCAAUGUGGAAAGAGUUUUACCAAGUUAGGGAGACUUAAAAAGCAUGAGAUUACACACACAGGAGAAAAGCCCUACCAAUGUUCCCAGUGUGGAAAGUGUUUUACAAGGUUAUGGAACCUAAAAGAACAUGCAAGGACACACACAGGGGAAAAGCCUCAUCACUGCUCCCAGUGUGGAAAGAGUUUUAUCCGGUUAAGCCACCUGAAAGAACACAAGAGAACGCACACAGGGGAGAAGUGUUAUUACUGCUCCCAGUGUGGAAAAGGUUUUAUCCAGUUAAGGAAACUGAAAAUGCAUGAAAUGACACAUACAGGGGAGAAGCCCUACCACUGCUCCCAGUGUGAAAAUAGAUAUGUUUCAUCAGGAGCCCUGAAAUCACAUAAGAGAACACACACAGGGGAGAAGCCAUACCUCUGUUCCCAGUGUGGAAAGAGUUUUAGCUGGCCAGGGCAACUGAAAGAGCAUGAGAGGACACACACAGGAGUGAAGCCUUACUAUUGCUCCCUGUGUGGAAAGAGUUUUACCCAUUUAGGGAACUUAAAAAGGCAUAAAAGAUCACACACUGUAGAGAAGCCGUAUCAAUGCUCCCAGUGUGAAAAUGUGUUUUUAUCACCAUGGGACCUGAAAAAACAUGAGAGAACACACUCUGUAGAGAGGCCUUUCAAAUGCUCUGAAUGUGGAAAGAGAUUUAUCCAGCGUUGUCAUUUGAAAGCGCAUGAAAAAAUACACACAGGCAUAAAACCAUUGUGCACUCAUUGUGGAAAGAGUUUUACCCAGUUAGGGAGCCUAAAAGAGCACGAGAGGACACACACUGGAGAGAAGCCAUACCACUGUUCCCGGUGUGGAAAGAGUUUUACCCGGUUAUGGUGCCUGAAAGCACAUGAGAGAAUGAAGAAGCUAUGUUCUGACUGAUGUUUUUGACUGAGAAUUUGUGUUUUUGUUCAUGUCACAUAAAAUCAACUUGGUUCGAUGCUAGAAUCCUUAGUUGCUGCGUACUUUUUUUACUUCUAAAUGAAUGAUACAUACUCAUUGAUUCUUGAUUAAUAUAAUAUAAAUGCCUCAUGAGCUUAGUUCAACUGUCAUACUAGCUUUAAAGGUCCAAUGCAGCCAUUUAAAAAAAAUCUCAAUAUCAAAUCAUUUCUGGAUAAUAAUUAGGUACCUUACAGUGAUUGUUUUCAAUUAAAAUGGUCAAAACAAAAAUAACUUCUUAGCAAAGACCAAUUUCUCAAGCAAGAGUUUUGAUGGGACUGAAUGGGGAGGGAACAACUGAACUAGCUCUUAUUGACAGAGAGGUUUUCUUAUUGAUUUGAUAACUAAUUUACUGCCUGAUGGUGAUAUCAAGAACGCCAAAAUGUCAUCCUUCCAAAACAGGCUGAAAUUUCAGGCGGUCUUUUGAAACAGCUCUUACACUAAAAGGACAUGAUCAUAAUUUUCACAGUAUUAUUCCAACCUCAGUGUGGAAAUAUUUAUAAAAACAUGUUUUUGACUGCACUGGGCCUUUUUAAAAGCCUAUUCAACAAUACAUGUGUGUGUUAGUCUUUUUAUCUAAAGAUAUGAAUUGAAAAAUGAAGUAUGUCAGUUUUAAGAGUGUGCACGACAGUUUCAAUGUGUAUGCUCUCUGUGAUUAAA